AGAGCUGGGAGCUGAACAAACACAGGACAGAGCCUCUGAGAUGUGAAGCUGUUCGCUGAUAUCAGGCUGUCAAAGCAGGAGGGGGCUUUCUGAGUGAAACAGGCACCCUCCGACUGUGCGCACAGACCUGACUGCACCUCCUCUACCCGGAUCACAGAGAGACUCUCCUCCCUAACCAGCAACAGCGCAGAGUGAAUGGCAUUGGCGAUGGAGAUGUCCGAGACACUGUUUCAGCAGGAGAGGCUCCAAGCAAUUGCGGAGAAGAGGAAGCGGCAGACGGAGAUCGAGAACAAGAAGAGGCAGCUAGAGGACGAGCGGAGGCAGCUGCAGCACCUGAAGUCUAAGGCUCUGCGAGAGCGAUGGCUCCUGGAGGGAACUCCUUCUUCUGCGGCAGAGGAGGACCAGGGGAUGAAGAAACAGUUCCAGGAGGACAACGCCAAAACAAAACAGUUGGAGGAGACCAUCCAGAGGCUUGAAAAGGAGCUCGAAUCUCUUGAAAAUGGAGAUGUUGCUAUCUCUAAAGAAAACAGUGUUGACGAGAAGCUGAAGGACAAGGAGAAGGUGUCUCCAAGCAAAGGCAGUGAACUGGAGAAGCAUCACGGCAGCCCAGUGGUCAAUAAAUCCGAGGGAAGCACGGAAAAGAUGAAAGCUGCAAUGUUUGCAGUGGAAAUUACUGUGGAGAAGGACAAUGUGACAGGGGAGACCAAGGUCUUGUCCACCUCUAGCGUAUCUCCCAAAAACCUCCAGCAGCAAGGUGUCAAGGUCUAUGAAGAUGACCUCAAGGUGAUCCAUGAGGUGCGCAAGGGUGAUGGAGCAGUGGAAAAUGGAGUGCAUCUUCUGAGCACCACGGAGGUUGACGAGCUCAUGCAGAAGGCAGAAAAGGUGACAGACUACAACAAGGCUAUGUCUCCUGAGGGGAAAGGACCUUUGAUUCAACUAGAGGCUAACAGUCAGUCCCCAGGAAAGUGGCAGGCAGAUGGGAUAGCUGGCGAAAAUCUUAAAAUCCUUCGGAAAGUGACCGGAGAUGGCGCAGAGCCCAGCAAAGACCAGCCGGUGACCAUGAUUUUCAUGGGAUACCAGGAUGUGGAGGAUGAGAACGAGACCAAGAAGGUCCUGGGCUACGAUGGAACGGGGAAAGCGGAGCUGGUGGUAAUUGAGGAUGGUGACACCAAGAACGAGCGGGUAGUAGCAGGUCAGGCCCCACCCAACGGCACAGCGGCAGAGCCUGGGGCACCGGCCACCGAGGAGAAGCCGGGUGGGAAGGAGAAGGAGGCGGUGGAUGAGGCGAAGGAUCUCAAGGAGAAACAGCGCUGCCAAUGCUGCAUUGUGAUGUGAUGAUGUGCUGUCAUGCUCUUAAUGUACAGUUGGAAUGUUAUAUGUUCAUAGUCUUCAUGUCUUCUAACAUAACAUGUGCUUUUAAUUGGGGAUGCAAGGAUCACAGCCAAUUCAUCACGAUAUAGCAAACACCUGCAGUUUUAUAGGAACUUAGUAAACCUGAUUAGAAAUCUGAAAGCUGAUUACCUGAAACAUUUCAGUACAAUUACACCCUGCUUACCCUUCCUUGAUGAUGUCAUGACAAUAUCGUAAUAUUGCGUCAAAUUUAUCAACGGUAGAGGCCGCCGAUAAAUUUAAACCCAAUGAUCAAUAGAGAGCAGAAGUAAAAUUGCAAUUAACCCUUUAAAGUUGCGCUUUGUUCGAGCUGGGGGUCAGGGUGCUGUUCCCACAGUGGGCGGGGUGUUCCAAGUCUGCAAACCGGGUCUGAUCUGACCCUCAAGGCUUUCUAUUGGCUGAAAGGGCCCCUUCAGUAUCCAGUCAGAGCAGAGCCUUUAUUCCUCUAGGGAGUCCUGCCAAAGUUUCGGAGAUUGAACUGAAGGUAUUUGAAAAAUGUCAACAUUUUUUAAAGAAACGGUGACGUAUCUAAAAUUAGCAAGGUUAAAAUUUAAGAAAGGGCAGAAUAACAAAGGAGGAAGAAUGGGAGAAAAAGAGAUGUGUGUUAAGUGAUUUUGUUUAAGUUCAGGUUGUAUGUGGGACAGAGUCAGUAAUGCAGUAAUAAAGCUAGACGUUUCAUUAUGUACCUUCAUUACUGUAAAUAGGGUUUUGUUUCAGUAUGACAAUUCCUGAAGGGAAGCCAAACAAUUCAGCCCUGGCAGGGACAUAUAAGAAGUUCAAAAUUCAUGGCUUUAUGUUCUGUCAUCUGGUCAGGGGGCAAGCACUGUUCCUACAUCCACAGUGUUUGUUUCACCAUGGUACAUACAGUUCAGUCUUUUUACUUCAUGUAAUAUAUGAUGCCUUAAGUCAACUGAAUAAGCAAAAAUAAACUAGCAUGAACAUUGUUCUUUGAUCAUUUUUUGAAUCGUAGUUAAGUUAUCAGAAGAGUUGUAAUAUCCUACAGAAAGCCAACUUCUGGGCAAACUUGGAAAGGCUGAGAGAAAAUCAAUGUCAUUGGGUCCUGGGGAACAGCCCUUCUGUUGAUUUCAAAGCCAGCAACUUUUUGAGAGACCUGAAGCUCGAUUAUUUUGGUCGUUUUUUUUUACCACAGAUCACCUUAAUUCUUGUUCAAACCACAGGUUCAGUGGUCAGUUAAAUCACUGCAGGAACUCCCUUAUACAAACAGGAAUCUCUGAUCCGGAUUCUUUCAGCAUCAAAGGAGAAUAAAUUGGUCCACUUAGUCACAGGGUGAACUGGCUGAUAUAUAAACAAGCACUUAAACCUUUGUCUGUUCAACAGACCAAUUAAAGUGCACCUUGCUUACAUACAUGCUUUCAAUGCUGAAUUAUCAGAUCUUUUCCAAUUCCCUUAUCAAAACCUGAAGUAUCUUAGUAAUUCUGCAAAGCUGUCUAAACUGUUUGGAUUUUCUGAAUCAUUGCAUCCCUAAUUUGAAUACACUUUUCUAUGUCACACUUAAGUCAGAUCAACAUAUCUUAUACACUGCCAGUCACCAUGCACAACUCUCAAUAUAUGUCUGAUGUGUAACAAUGGGACCAUUUUAUUUUUUCUGUGCAUGUUCUCUAGCUCCAAGAUGAUUGCAGAACAUUGUGAAAGUAGUUAACUGACGUUGUUCAUUUAUUACUUUACUGCAACCUGUCCGGAAGUUUUUACAGACUAACCUCCAACAUCACAAAACCAGAGGCCAUUUGCAAUGGCAUCACUUAGGCGAGGGCUGUUGAGUUGUAGCAUGUGAAGGUACCGACUACAAGUCCUCUGAACCAACCAUUCGUUAGGAUUAAAGAGUCAGGUGCAGCAAACCCUGAUUUCUACUCGGCUCUGAACCGAAUCCAGUCUGGUUCUAGUUUACCCAAAACCACGUUGUCGAAGAACACAUGCCUCUCUGAUCCAGUGCCGUCCAUGAAGUUGUCCAUGGGAGAGAGGAACAAUCUAGGCAGAACAGGAACUCGCUUGAUUUCUCUAAUCUUAGCGGUCGCUUUUAAUUGAUUGCCUUGCGAUUCAGGCGUACCAAAGAUCCCACCAAAUUGUAUCAUGAUGAGAGUUGCUUCACUGGUUGGGUUAAUGGCAACUUUAUUGCAAGUGAGUAAUCGAGACAAUCAAAUUUCCCUUAAAAUAAUUUCACAACUUUUUUGCUCUGCAUGAACUUUAUUUGAAAAUUCUUACCCUAGGAGGACGUGUUCUAUAUAUAUAUUUUAUAUAUAUAUAUAAAUAUCCAUAGACAUACAUAUAUCUAUUUUUAAACACAAUGCCUUGGGAAUGGCAUUGGCUGUGUUUUAGAUUUUACUGAGCGAUAGACCCAGCACCAAGGACAUGAUAGACUCCAUUGGACAUCAUGCCACUGAGCAUGUUCAUUAGAUGAAUAAAGUAGUCCCAUUUUAUUCAAACACAUUCCAGGGGCCUGUGGCACUAGUGUUCUCACAUAAAUUCCUAGGCGUAGCACGUGUGUCAGCAUAACACGCACUUCCUUGAAGUGUUACACACCAUGUCUGUAGUGUGCUAAUGGAUUUCUGAGACUUGAGGCUACAGCUCUCUGUACCAGAGAGGCGAGGAUCAUUCUGAGUGCAGAUUCCCAUCAUGUGUCGGAAGUUAGGCUUUGUAACUAGUCUGUGUUCUUAGUUGUUGAGUGCUGGUAUGAGCUAUGUUGUAAAGAUGGAAACCCUUAUCAAUAUCUUCUCUAUCGCACCCCAUUCCAAAAUCCUACGGCAUAUCAAUGGAUUCUCUAGGAGCUCUUAAACAUAUUGUCCAAAAGGCUAUCUUACAACAUUAACCAGAUAAAGGAUUCCUAUUAUUAAACCAUAAUGAAGGUGCACACAGAGUGCUUUAAUUAUAAAUUGCCAAUGUUUGUCUAACUUUAUGUUUUAAAAUGAAGGCUUUGUUUUUUUAAAAAAAAAUGCUAUAAGUUCCCUUUGAAGAUUUUAGUAAAAGAAAAUGUAAUGCAUAUAUUUUUUUUAUGACAUCUUAUAUUUACUCUGAGUUCUGGUGUGCUCGUUACCCACACACCCCAAUAAGGCUGACUGAGAUGUCCAAAUGCUUAUUUGGUAAAGCAUAGUCUCUGGACUCGUACAGGAUGAACUAUACAUGCUGUACGAUGUUUGCUCUGUAUUACAGAAUCUAAACAAAUCCUAUAGGAUGAAUUCAAUGCCUACAGAAUGUUUUCUUUUGUGAGGGAAGGUUGUAUGAGGAAUGCAAUACAGUUCACUCCCCUUAGGAGCACAUGCCAACAGAAUGAAUGGUGAGUCUUAAUGAAAGAUUAGCUGUGCAGACAACCUUCUGAGACCUCUCUUUCACAGACAGAGCUGAUCUAUCAACCUUCAACAACUAACGGAACAUUAUUUGAUAAUGUUGACAACCUGCAUCACUGACGUGAAUCAACAUAGGAGUUUGUUCACUCUACUUCCAUCACUGAUUGACACAGAAAGAGUCUGAGGAUCUGCCUGAUAGGAGGAAGGUCUCUAAAACGUAGCAUUUCAUUUGAUGCUUGCAUUAGACCAUAAAGAGAUAGAAAUACAGUUAAAAAUAAAAGACAUGGAGCUCACAUGCCCCUAGGUGGAGUCAACUGUAUUUCAUUGUUUGAACCAAUGUGAAAUUCAAUAUGCAAAAAUGUAUAGCAAUCAAAAAUAAAAUCUAGAUGUGGUUAAA